AUGGCGGCCAUCGAGGGGCUGUUCGCGCUGGAGCUGUUGGUGGAAGAGGUGCUGGUGGCGGCGCCGGGUCCUACAAUGCGCCCGGCCGUGGCGCUGCGUCUCUUGGACUUCCCCACCCUCCUAUUACACCCCGCCGCCGCCGCGCCGCCACUGCGGCCGGGUCGGGCCUUCCCCUUCGGCCGCGGCAAACGCUGCCUCUUUCGCUGGCGCCGGAGCUCGCUCUGCGCAGCGCUCUGCCGCCGGCCGCUCUGUGCCUUGCUCCUGGCGUUCCCAGUCGAGCUGGCCCCGGGCCCUCCCCGUCUCCUGGGCAGCUGUGACGUCUCUUUGGCCCCCGCCGCCGCCCAGCUGUUGCAGCAGCCCGAGGCGCCUGCCUCCUGCGGCCGCCGCGGUCGUUUCCCGCUGCGGGACGGUGCGGGACGCCCCGUUGGGGAGCUGGUCUUGGGCUACCGUCUUACGAACUUGCAGGGGAGGGAGGAGUCGCCGCCGCCGAGCACUGAAAGCCCCCGCGCUGCCACGCCGCCUGCCUCAUCCCCUGAACCAAGGGCCGAGGAGGAGGAUGAGGAUCUGGAAGGCAACAUCUUUUGCCCUCCUAUGCUCUAUUACAGUCGCGAGGCAGCAGAGCCCCAUCUGCCACCAGCAGCUGCAGCCACAGGGCAAUGGGAGCAUAUCAAGGCCUGGAGACCGCAGGACAAAGACAAGGGUGAGAGCCCACCUCGUCCUAGUGCUGGGCACUCAUUGCUACACCCUACCAGCCCUCAACGGCUCCACCACACACUGGGGCAGCUGCCACUACUCAAUGCCUUGCUGGCAGAGCUGUCAGUGCUCACCCACUGCCUUAUGCCUGUUGCUGCCCACCCCAACCAUGAGUGGAUCUACCAGGCCCCAGGGAGUGGUGGCAUGGCCUCACAGCCUUCCCACCCUGGCCACUCCUCUGCCUUCAAGUCUGCACAGGUACCCAUGAAACCUCCUGGGAGCACUGAAGCUGCCAACCCUCAAAUAAAGCAAGACCAACAAAAUGACACCUCACCAGGGUCUUUUCGGCCUGGGAAAGGACCUAAGAAAGCUGUACCCCAGGGAGAGACAGGGACUGAAAGGAACUGCAAAACUAAGGAGAACAGACCUCCCAGAAAGAAAUUGUUGUAUGGACUGACAAAUACACUGAGGCUGCGCCUGCAGCAGACCAACCCUGGUAAGCUGGAAAUUCAUGAAAGGAGAGAGCAGUACAGAAAAAAGCAAAUGGAGGUGCUGAAGGACAGAAGCGCUUUAUCCAAAAGAAAAAUGCUCAGAAAUGCUGGAGAACAGCAUGUGGUUUCUUCCAGGCAUUGUAGCAGGGGAAACAGUUCAAAGAAGAAUAAUCAGUUUCAUAAAACUGUUGAGACUUUGUUACAAAAUGAUGUUCUCCCAGAGUAUAUUUCAGUGAGAGAUGUGUCCCCUGACUUGCAGAAAUGGGCUACUGCAAAUCUAUUGAAGGACAAUGAAAUUGCAAGCCAGGGAGGUCCAUGCAAAGUAACUACAGCUCCCUUAAUGGAAAAAAGUGUAUUAAAAUUUGCUAGAAAGGAAAAGUCUGCAAAAACCCAACUCCCAGAAGUUUUCCCGUCAGAUGCUGAUGCACAGGGAAGUAAUGAGGAAGCAAUACACUCAAUCCAUCGUAAAACCACAGAGUGUGAUGAUGUGUCUGUUGCAAGUGAUUGUAAACCGAGCCCCAGCAGGAGUAUUGAAAAUGACUCUGAAUUCAUAUACUCAGAUGACUUUGUUGCUAGUCCUGAGAACACGGUUUAUUCAGAAGAUUUCACCAGUGCUGAGCAUAUGGGCAGAGACUCAGAAGCUCCUGACAGCAGUCCUGAACCUCUGUGGCUUGAAAGCCAAAAGCAGGAUCGGUCAGGUACAGAACUGGAAUCCAACAGGUCCAGAAUUUCAAAGAUGAGUCAAAGAUCUGAAAAUGCCUCAGGUCUUCUGCCAGCUUCUUCAGCUUCAUUUCCAGGACAGUCUCAGAAGAGAAAUCAUGACUUCAGCCAGAGAACUAGUGGUGAAUCAGUUGAUUCACUUAAUCUUGCCCAAAUGGAGUCGUCAUUAUUAGAUGAAGAGCAGGAAGCCCAACAAAUCAGUAAGGAUGAUAACAAGGGUGAUCAGCACAUUAAAGAAGUAUCUGCACUGAGAAGCAAACAAGUUAGCUCAGAAUCUGAUCUGAAUAUAGGAAAGGGGCAGACCUCUGGAGAAAAAAGCCAGUCAGUAACUCGAGUUAGCUCUUACGUGCCAUCUAACAUGCCUGAUUCUGAACUUAGCAUCCUAGAAAACAGUAUGUCAGACAUAGAGGAUAAUUUUCCAGGAAAACUCUGUGUUCCUAAUCAAUACAAAGACAUCAGCGAACUUGUAAUGAGCAAGCUGCCAGGAUACACGAUGUAA